GUGCUUUCUAUGUUUUCAGCUGUGAAAACAAAAAAGCAGGAACUGCGACUGGGUUAUCGAUAUGGAAGAGCUGGUGCAGGACCUGGUGUCGGCCCUGGAGCAGACAUCAGAACAGGCCCGGCUGGAUGAGCUAUGGGAGGAGCAGAUGUGGGAGGAGCAGCUGUGGGAGGAGCUGGUGCUCAGCCCACUGCAGCAGCGACGGGUGGUGCGCAGAAGAAGGGGCCGCAAGCGCCGCUGUGACUCCGCCCUGCAUGGGCCCGUGGCAGGCCGCUGGCUCAGUGAGGCAUCUGAGUCCAGCCUGGACGAGGCUCUGGCUAGGGGCCGCCGGUCAGGCCCCGCCGUGUCCCUGGUUGGAGGGUCCGCGACUGUAGCAGCCACUAACCAGAGCGAUUCAGAUGAGGUGGCGAUGGCACCGGUGCCCUUCCGCGGGGGGCAACGCUCCUGGCCUGAGUCGGACUCCAUCGCGGAGAAUGUGGUGGGCAGGCCUCUGCGGAGACGCCGCAGGGUAAGACGUGUGGCCUCAGAGGGGACCAUGAGGCUACAGCAGAAGCUCAGGGUGUCUGGACUGGAGCGGCGUGAACAAACCCAUCAUCAUCACCACCCCCACCACCAUCACCACCACCAUCACCAUCACCAGAGGACACAUAGGAAGCGGAGGCUGGGCCGGGUGAAGAGGCGCACUGGGGCCUGGCCAGGGCAGGACAGUGGCCCUGCUGUGGGAGGCCUGGCUGAGGAGUGCUGGAAGGACAAGACCCUGCGGCUGGCCAAGGAGCAAAAGGAGGCGUCAGAUGAGAACCUGUCUGAAUGCGAGACAAGCAGCGUGUGCAGCAGUGAUCCUGGGCUUUUCACCACCGAUGAAGGAAGGCAAGGUGACGACGAACAGAGCGAUUGGUUCUUUGAAGGCGAGUGUGCAGCAGGUGUGGGAGCUCAGAGCGUGUUGUGCGGCUGGGAGGCCGAAACUGCCCCCAGGGUUGCCGGGCUCGGCACUAGGAGAGAGAAGCCUCCCUCAGCCCGGUUCCUCCAGCCAGCCCAACCCAGUCACAGAGGUUAUCAUACCCGGGCAAACCGGUUGCCAGCUGCGGCUGUAGGCUGCAUUAGGAGCGGCAGGAGGAGGUUGCCAGGCAAGGAUAAUGGCAUGGCUGCUUGUGUGGACAAAAUGAGGAACUACCCACAGGAUUCCUGUCAGAAAGAGUUCUGGAUGCCUUCCUUUGGAAAGCGAGAUAGAAGUCAGCUGAAGCCUCUGUGCCCACUAUCCGUAUACCCUGCUGCCAUGGUUCCAGAAGCCUCAUAUCCCAGGUGUUCCUCAGCAGUGUGUAGGAACAGACAGUUUCACGGGCCCCUGGGGUUGCAGUGUGCUGGGGAUGUUAAGAGGAGGAGGAAGACCCUGGCUGCUGCCCCAGCCUCUCUGCCCUUUCGUAAGGAGUUCAAGCGAGAAACGGAGCAAGGCUGCCCCAGGGCUUCAUCCACUGGAAGAGACGCUGCAGUCCCCCUGUCCUCCACGUCCCAGACACAUGGCUACAUCGGGCCCGGGCCUUCGCAUGGCAGCUAUGGGGAGAACGAGGACGACUGACGGAGAGUCGAGCUCUGGCUGCCCCUCCUGUUGGGUGCGGGUACACGUGACAGCAUGCUUGCAAGUAGAAUGUGGCAGACAUGCUCUCUGUCAGGGGUACGAGCAGGUGGGAAAGGUCUUAGUGACGUGCGCCUCCACUGCGAGUCACCGUUGCAGAUUAGGCCUUUCCAUCCAAGCUACCGCUUUACAGACAAAAUGCUAAUGCAAUCAAGCCUGUUAAUCACCUCUGGCCAUUUUCUCAAGGAGGAGGGCCUGGGUAAGAGCUGUCAUGUUUUGUGGCUCACAAAGCCCCGGACCUCUCCUGUUUUUACCCUCAGCCCUAGAGUCUCAUCCUCCGACUAUAUUCAUUUAGGGUAACACUGCCUUUAUUACCAAGACAACAGAUCCAACCUUUGGCUUUGUUUUUCAGUACCUGCGCCUGUUAGUGACAUUAGUGCCUGUAGUAGCUCAUCUUGUGUCGUCUUUGCUACCUCAAACUGGCGGGUGGUGCAGGGCAAGCGACUGUGGAAAACGUGGUUCAGAACUACGGGCCCCAGUUACCAUGGGUUCUAUGAAUGCUAGCACGUUCCAGAGCCUGCUCAUUAGCAGAGCAGAGUGAGUGUAUGUUUCUGCACCUGCACUUACCACAUUCAAAUGCAUAUGAAGGUUUGGAGCAGCCCAGCCCUUCUUCAAACAUGCCUAGUUGUAAAAGCCUUGUGUGUAAGUCAGUGUGGUGUAAUUGUACAAUUAAAUGGUGAAGUGUAACUGGAUGAUGAGUGAGUCUUAAUGCAAUCUGAUCUUGCUGUGUGAUGUUUUCAGUUGACCUGAGUUUGUGUAUUUCUACUGCAAGCGCGGAGUUGUUGUAAAUGUGCUACACUCACCCCGAGAAAUCUUUAUGUGGUUCUGCCUUUGCCAUCUCAAUUGAUUGCUCAGAACUGCACUGGAACCCUUAGCACUGCAGCAGCCUGUUAAUGCAGCAGGUGGUAAUGUUUUACAAAUACGCACCACACUCCAGUGUAGACGCUCUGACACAAGCUGCGUUUGGCUGGUGCUGACAUUUAUAAAUGGAGCAGUGGAGACUCGCAGACAGCCGUGGGAAGCACCGUGGCUGUCUUCCUGGUCCCAGGCUGGUAUAUUUUCUUAUCACGUGUUGUCAAUUGUCAAAGCGAUUGCCUCACCCGCCUCCAGCUGUAAUUAGUUGUUACCAUGACAACAUCACUUCACGAGCCCCUCCCCCCUUAAGCUUGUGCGCCACAAAAUGAGUUUCGGUGGCGGGGCAGGAAGUUCGAGUGGGGGACAGUGUGCGCACCCAGUCAAUCACCUCAGCUACAGUUAUGGAAUCCAGUGGGUUGAUGCUGCUCAUAUUUCAUCCGGGGUAAAGAUUACCUGUCAGCCCCAGAGGAGAUGCAUUGAUCUGUUUUCCUUUUUUUUCUGCUAGCAAUCACCUGACAAAGGCAGUGAGGAGUGCAGGAGUGAGUGAUGCCCGCACCCCACUGUGGUUCUCUGGGGGACUUCAGUGACCACUCCCGCUGGAAUAUAACACUGGUAUAAACUCCUGUGCAUGAACCCGCGUAUCCGGUCAGGACCAACACCCCCAGUCCAAUCGACUGGAACUUGUCACAUACUCAAAUAGGAUGCAGGUUAAAUGGACUAUUAGUGGGCAGGAGCUGGAGUAUAGGAAUUUUUGUGCCAUUGUUUUAGUUGUGCAUCAGUGUAUGGUUCCAAAGAGCGAAGCUCUGAGAACUGAAUGGGAAAGGAGACUUGAGUUAGAGGAGGUUUAAAAUGACACAGGUGUCUUGCAGUGUGGACAAAAUGUCUUAGGAGAUCCUUAUCGAUCCAGGUUCCUACAUGGUAGUGUACAACCUAAGUUCAGCCAUCAAGCUGUGAAAUAAUAUCAGACUUAAGACAAGACUGAGUUCCUGUUUGAGCUUCUUCUGAUGAAAAAGGCACUGACAUUAUGCAUUAAAAAACAAACACACAAAAUUAAACUCACUGGUGCAUGGUAUGUUAUACAUUUGUGAGUGUUUCACAUUGGCCUGAUUUUUGCCUUUUUUAAAUGUUGGGGCAAUAAUCUUGUGAAUAAUUAAGAGGAUGAGAUUGGUUAAAUUGCACUUGCUUGAUGUCUGAAAUGCUAAAUGCAGUACUAGGUAUAAGUGUUCAGUAUUUGUUAUUUUGGAUAACUCUUCUGAGUUUCCUCCUCAGUAUUAACCAGCAACUCUGUACCUUCACUUACACAUUAAAUGCUUUAGGUGUAUUUGAUAGAGGUUAUCAUAUAGAACAGAGACAGUUACCAUACAUUGGACAUUUAUUAUGCAAUUGACUUGGAAUAUAAUCUAAUAAUUUACAAGUUCAUUUCAUGUCUAGAAAAUUGUCUGGUGCACUGACCGAAACAAGUCAGUCUUAACUGGGGCAGCUAUUUCUUAGAAUUCAGAAUAUGGUGCAACAAUAUCAUGUUAGCAUGUCAUAACAUGUCUGCACAGUGUAUGCAUAUUAAUCGAUGUUAAAGCAUGCAUAUAAAAUUCACAGUUCUUGUUAUAUUUAUAUCAGUGAGUUUGUCAGUAUAUUCAGAAAACAAUUUUGUAGUAUUAUGCUUGAAAUAAAUAUCCAAAUUCUAAGUGAAACAUGCACCUUAAUAACUGCUACAAACAUUUAGAACAUUAUGUCUUACCAGCCAGUACUACGGUACAAAAUCUGGAGCAUGUCCUUCUAGUCAGCAGUCAGAAUGUUGAAAGCUUUCUUUUUAUGUGGCAGUCAGUCCUUGUAUGACCUUUCCCUCCCAUUUUUGGCCAAUGAAAGGACUGUAAUGCGAAAUAAAAACAUUAUCAAAGGAU